UUCUGAAUCACCGUGUGUGUUUUACUUUACUUUAUGUGAGUGUGGAGGUUCGGUGCGUGGAAAGGGGUUCCCAGAGGCCGAGGUGUGCAGCUUGUUUUUUUUUUUCUCUUUGGCUCCACAGACCUUCAAACAUGAACCUGUUCUGCUUCACGCUGGAGGGCUCCUCAGAAAGCAUCUAUGAACCAGCCUACAGCAAAACACUGAAGGAAGUCCUCCCCAGAUACCAGACUAGCCCCGCUCUCCUGAGACAAAGACCUGACUGGAGUGGUUCAGAUCUAUCCAUCAGUUCUGACCGACCUCAGAGCACAGUGAAACUGAAAAGAACAAACAGAAGGUCAUAUGUGCCAACAUCAUCUUUGGACAAUGAAACACUCGUCAGAGACAUUCAUAAAGGCUGCUUGGUGUUGUCAGGAGAUAAGAAAGACUCGUCCAAUCAAAUCAAAGCCCACAACAGAGAAAAGUGUAAAGCCUCCAGUCAGAGCAGCACGUUGACAAGAAACGGCAGCUUGAAGGAGCUGAGAUCUGACAGCACAGAGACACAUCCACCAGCUCAGGGUGGUGAAACUACAGCUGACAUAGCAGAUUCAUAUUCAACGCACACCACAGGCAGAAUAAAGAAGUUACAGAAUCUGGUCCACACAAAGAAGGGACAACAGAGCGCAGCAGGGAAAGGGAAGAGUUUAUCAGACAGUCAUGAUCAUUUGGCCGAUGUGUUCAGUAACAACAAUCCGGUGCUGACCUGCAUCGGCCUGGGGAGGAGAACGGAUAAGACGCUAGCCAAAGCUGCUUCAUCACCGCAGCAACAGCAACAAAGAGCCACAGAUGUCCAUGUGCAGUCAAAGGAGGAGGGAGUUUGGUGGAGCCCGUUCGAGUGUCCGCAGCCCUGGUCUCCCUUCUAUCACACCUGUCAACAGCCUCAGCAUGAACUGUGGGUCUGCGGGGGGAGCUUGUCGCUGCCCUGGACCACAGACUGGGAUCGAUUCGAGAGUUUGAUACAGGAACUGGACAGCAAACAGCCAGAUCUGUGUCCUCCUCCGCUGACGGUCCCCUCCAUCACAGAGCUGCAGUUCUCACAGAACACAUUGACCAGAUUUGGGAGAUUUGAACCUCUUGUUCAGCCUUUAAAGGAGCCGCAGGAUGAUGGAAGCUCGUCGGUGCAGAUUGAGGAGCCAAACGAUGUCUGGGUGGAAAGGAAGGAGACACAGACUUCAUCACAAAGUGACAGGAAGCACGUCAAGGCCUCACCAGAGAAAACAAAGACAACUUCUAAAGAUGGAAACACACAGAGAGAUGAAGCAGAAAAGAGGAAAGUUGGCGGGGGAGCGUUUGUGAAAGCACAUCACAGGCGGUCUGGUGACUCUCUGGAAAGCCUCUAUAGCCUCAACAGUGGACAAAGCUCCUCAAGCGGAGUCACCAGUGGGUCCGGCUGGUCCAGUAACAGAGACAGUCUGAGGCUGGACGAUGAUCUGUUGUCCUCUAGACACUUCUGUGGAAGAGCAAGAGUCCAUACUGACUUUGUGCCAAGUCCAUACGACACUGAAUCCCUCAAGCUCAAGGUGGGAGAUGUGAUUGACAUCUUUGCCAAACCCCCCAUGGGAAUAUGGACAGGGAUGCUGAACGGCAAACUGGGCAAUUUCAAGUUCAUUUAUGUAGAUGAGCUCGCAGAGGAGAGACCCGAUUCUCGUGAGGAGACACAAACCCAAAGAGAGAGCCAGAAAUCCACCGUCCAGGAAGUGUUGAGGCGUCUCAGCUUGGAGGAGUACACGUCCUCUCUGCAGCUGAACGGGUACCAAACAGUGGAUGACUUGAUGAGGCUGAGGGAGCAUCACCUGACGGAGCUGAAUGUGACUGAUCCAGAGCACCGGCAUCGUCUUCUCACUGCUGUUGACUCCCUGCAGCAAAUGUACUUACGUCCAACCAGCCGUCUCCUCUGCUUUACAGCUGAUUGGCAGCCGAAGAGCGAGGCCAAUCAGGAGGCCGAGACCCCCGUCGAGAACAUGAAGGCAGAAGUGAGCAGCGGCCCCAGAGACUCCGGCUGCCACAUGUCGUCUGACAGCCCCGACAACAGCACAGAGGACGCACACCUUCACUUCUUCCUUCAGUACCCUCCGCCGGCUGAGACGGCAGCUUCAUGAGCAUCACCCAUUCUUUUACAACCCAUUCUUUACCACGCCUGCUUUGAGGUGACUUUUCAGACGAACGCUGUUUUUUUAAAUGACAACAGUGUAACUUCCAAUUAUGUACAAUGAAUGCCCUCUCUGAGCCUUUUCCAAAUGUAAAUGCUCCACUUCAAGACAUCAUAUGUCUGAAUAAAAGAGUUUAAGAAACA